CUAAGAUGGCGGCGCCCUGAUUCAUGUGGUAUGGAUUUUGGAAUGUGGUUCUUUUGAGGUGUAGAUUAUUCACACAGUUGUGGUACAUGUUAGCUGAAGCUUUGUAGUGCACAAGAAUACAGAACUGUGAGCAAUAUGUUCAGUUUUAGACACACCGCUCGAGCAUUUGUGAAAAGGACGGUACACAUUCGUAGCUCGAAGCUGAACACAACUGCUACAGGCGCAGUGGAUGCACCUCGAAAAGACGUUCAGAGCGAAGAAGAGAUAUCUCAGAAGAGAAAUGUCUCGCGGCUUCCCCUCCGAGCUUACACAAGAGGUAUAAAGAAGGAAUAUCCUGAACCGAAGUACGAGUACGAUUUCACGAUAAAGGCUAUGCAAAGAUCGUACGCGAAAUUUGGGGAAAGUUCCGGCAUUAAUCCCGGCAUUAUGUGGCCUUCAAAAGAGGAGCUUCAAGAAAAGAUCUACUACGAGAAGAAAUUUCAGCCGACGAUUCAAGAACUUUUGGCGAACGAAAAAGAGAAGCAAAGACUGGCAGCUGAAGAAAUACGACAACGUGAAGAAGAAGUGGAGCGCAACAUGGCCAAGUUGGAUGCAUGGCGCGAAGCAAUGUUGGAGAGGGAAGAGCAGAAGCGGGUGAAGGCUGAACAAGAACGGAUCAAGAAGGAACAGUUAGUUCAGGAAGUGAGAGAAUAUAUCGGAUAUAACGUAGACCUAGGUGAUCCAAAGUUCAAGGAAGUAAUGGAGAUGAAAGAAGAAGAGAGGAAAAAAGCUGAAAAGGAAGCGAGGAAGAAAUUAAAGCAAGAAAGGGUGUUGGCAAGAUUGAUGGCUGUGAGUGAAGAACCAGCUGUGGAAAGCAAGCCAGUAGCAGACAAAGCGGAAUCAAAAGAGUGACACUGUACAGUUGAUUAGUUUGUGGAAUAAAUGUAUUCGUAGAUGCUUCA